AAAGAACACUUUCUCCUGGGAAGCAGCGUUUGUCCGAGGCCCCGAGUUUAUCCGGAGGGGGCGUUCGGGGAGAGACCUCUGGAAGGCAGGAGAGGAGCUGUUACAGGAAGCUGUACGGGCUGCUGCAGGGCAGACGGAGGGCGAGGAGUUGGUGGGAGAAGAAACACUGUGUCAGGAAGAUCCUGACCCUGCGAAGCUGGUCCAGACCCUGCUUUCCUCUCCCCGCGCCGCUGCUCCAUCCUCUGAGGGGAUAGAGUAGCCGCUUCACCCAGCCGAGCGCUGCAGAGACGGAGGCACGCGGAACCUGGAGGUUCUGAGACUGUGACAGCUCAGGGGACAGGACCGAGAACCAGUGGAAACCUGUGUCAGGAGAGAGAGCCAGAGCCAGACUGCUCCAUGUCGGAACUGAGGCUUCUUCUUUUAGGGAAACAUGGCGCAGGGAAAAGUGCCACAGGAAACACCAUUCUGGGCAAAGCUGUGUUCAAGUCCAGGUUCAGUGAGCAGAUGGUGACUAAAACGUGCCAGAGAGAGAGUGGGGCCACGCAGGGGAGGGAGGUUGUGGUCAUCGACACCCCUGACCUUUUCUCCUCAAUAGCUUGUGCCAAUGACAAGGGAGGCUACAUUGAACGCUGCCUGGAGCUCUCAGCUCCCAGCCUCGACGCCUUCCUUCUGGUAAUUCCCGUCGGCCAUUAUAAGGAGGAGGACAGAGAAACAAUCAAGGGCAUCCAGAAGGUGUUUGGAGCUAAAGCCAGGAAGCACAUCAUUAUAGUCUUUACUUGGAAGGACGAUUUGAUGGAUGGCUUGCUGGAAGAUUACAUUGAAAGUGACGAGUCUGUUAGGGACUUGGUUCAAAACUGUGGCGGCCGAUACUGCGCUUUCAACAACAAGGCAAGUGAGAAUGAGCGGGACGCCCAGGUGAAGGACCUCCUCUGCAAGGUCCAGUGUUUGGUGGAUGAGAACCAAGGACCAUACUGGGUGAACUUCAGAAAUGAAGACGGUGGAUUCCAGGAUUGUGUGAAUGAAGCUACGUCUCAGAGGGAGGACCGUCCACAUGGGCCAGGGGCGGAGCAUCACCAGGCUACAGGAUGUGAGCCGAACCACGAGCUGUCAGCACUGAAGGUCCUGCUCGUGGGGAAGCAUGGUGUGGGAAAAAGCACAGCCGGAAACAGCCUUCUGGGGAGGCGGGUCUUUGAGACCCAAUACAGCGAAAAGCCAGUAACCCAGAGGUGUAAGUCUGAGAGCAGAAUCUGGAGAGGGAGGAAAGUUUUGAUCAUUGACACUCCAGACCUCUCAUCUGCAAAGGAUGUUGAACAAGACCUUUUGAACAACACCUUUCCAGGUCCCCAUGCCUUCCUGCUGGUGACCCCACUGGGCUCUUUCAAUGAGAGAGAUCUCAUGGUGCUGAGUACCAUCCGCAGAAUUUUUGGAGAUAACGUCACUCAGUACAUGAUUGUUCUCCUCACCAGGAAAGAAGAUCUAGGGAAUCAGGAUCUAGAUACGUUCUUAAAAAUCAGAGCUGAAAAGCUCUACGAGCUCAUCGAGGAAUGUAAACACCGACGCAGCAUCUUCAACUAUAGCGCAACGGGAGAACAGGACCAGUGCCAGGUGGACGAGCUCCUGCAAAACAUUGUGAGCGUGGUGCAGCAGCAUGGGGGCAAGCCGUGCACCUUCAGGGGGAAAGAGUCCCUGAGCAUUAUCCUCGUGGGGAGGAGCGGAACUGGGAAGAGUGCCAGUGGGAACACCAUCCUCGGGAGGCCGGAGUUCCUAUCUCAGCUGGGAGCACAGCUGGUCACCAAGAGAUGCCAGAGCGGCUGGAGGGUGUGGGAUGGGCAGGAUGUUGUGGUUGUGGACACUCCCCUGCCCUGCCUGGUGUCUGGAGCUGAAGGGGAUCCAUCCCAGGUCGAUGAGGAGGUCAAACGCUGUUUGUCCUACUAUAAAGAAGGGAGUACGGUUCUGGUCCUGGUAUUACAGCUAGGACGGAUCACGCGAGAGGACAAAAAGGCAGUGGCGGAAUUAAAGACCAUCUUUGGAGAGGACGUUAUGAAAUACACGAUUGUGCUGUUUACCCGGAAGGAAGACUUAGGGACUGGGAAGCUUGAAGAUUAUGUCAAAAACACAAAUAACAGAUAUCUUAGGGACAUAACUGAAAAAUGUAAGGGGAGAUAUUGUGCUUUUAAUAACAGAGAAACUGGCCAAGCCAGGGAAGAGCAGACAAGAGAGCUUUUGUCAGAGGUUACUAACCUGAUAAAGUGCCGUGGAGAGCAUGAAUAUCGCCAUCCAUGGGGGAAUGUAGGCAAAACAAUGAAAAAUUUUCAGCCCCUAAAAUUACUGAAUAAUUUAAAAAGUACAUUACUAUAAAAUUACUAAAUAACUUAAAGGGUAAGUUAGUGUAGGAAGCCCCACAUUACUAAA